AUGGGGGAUUGCAGGCCUUUGGGUUUCUUGAUUGGAUUGCCUUUUGCUCUUGUUGCUUUGGUUUUGUCUCUCGUCGGUGCUGUUGUUUGGGUGAUCGGGACUGUGCUGAGUUGCAUCUGCCCUUGUUGCAUUUGUUGUGCUGGACUCGCAAAUCUCGCCGUGAGUCUCGUGAAGCUUCCCAUAAAAAUCAUUCAAUGGUUUACUGAUUCGAUUCCUUGUUGA